AUGCGAGCGGUCCGCUCGAGCGCGCCUCGAAAGCAGGCCCUGGGCGCGCAGCGGCUCUUCGUCACGCUGGUGCGCGUGCGCCGGCAGCUUGUGCUGAGCGGCAGGCCCGUGUGGUUCAUGCUCAUUGGCGCCUGGCUCUUCGAAGGCAGCCGUGACCACAGGCUCAUCCUGUGGGACCUGGAGCGCGCCGAGUGCGUGCGCGAGCUGGAGGGGCACGGCGGCGCCGUGCAGUGCGCCGCGGUUCACUGGGGCUCCAAGCGCGCGCUGAGCGGCGGCCACGACGGGUCCCUGCAGCUGUGGGACCUGGAAAGCGGCUCGGCGCUUAGGACCUACCGGUAUUCAGGGCGGUCGGGUUGCGGUGCGUGCACGGCGGACUGGGACGUGGGCCUGUGGAACCUGCACCACGCCGUGCACGCGGUCGCCGAGCUGCGGGGGCACGAGGACCUGGUGCAGUGCGUCUCCCUGCACGUGGCCUCGCUCCGCGCGGCCAGUGGCAGCGACGACUGCACAGUGAGGAUCUGGUGCCUGAGGAGGGGGGCGGCGCAGCAGGAGCUGCGCGGGCACCGCAGCGGCGUGCACUGCCUCGCCGUGGACUGGGAGGCCGACCGGGCCCUGAGCGGCAGCCACGACGGCUCCCUCGUCCUGUGGGACCUCGGCCGCGGGGCGGAGCUGCGGCGCUUCCAGGCCAACGGCGGCUGGGUGCGCUGCGUGUCGGUGGACUGGCGGGGGCUCCGGGCCCUCAGCGGCAGCGAGGACGGGAAGCUGCGGCUCUGGGACCUCCGCGGCGGCGAGCCGGCGGGCGCGUCGCAGCAGCCGCAGGAGCUGGCGGGGCACUCGGGCGCCGUGCAGUGCGUGUGCGCGGACUGGGACCAGCACCGCGCCGUGAGCGGGAGCGACGACUGCUCGCUGCUGGUCUGGGACCUCGGCGCCCGCCGGGCUGACGGCCUGCUCAGAGGCCACCGCAGUUCCAUACGCUCCGUGGCGGCGAUGUGGUCGUGAUUCGGGGUCGGCUGAGCCGACCGUGCGGUACAGCACGACCGCCCGAGCUCCUGUCGGGCGUUGCCAGAUGUGUCCUUGGCUCGGACGGGGUUAGGACCUCCUUCGCCACCUCCGCCUCCUCCUCCUCCUCCUCCUCCUCCUCCUCCGAGGCCCGCGCCCCACGCUGGGAGGCCUCCAGCGUCGGCGCCCCGCUCCCCCUGCUCCCUGCGCGAGCACCGCUCGGUUCCUAUCGUCGCGCGGCGCGCGCCGCGCGGCAGGGGGAGGGCGCAGCGAGGCCCCCGCGCGCGUCUCCGGCCGCAGCCCGCGCGCCCCGCGAAAUCGCACGCUCUCUGUGCCCUUUUAAGGAGCCGUGGGGGCACUUUGCCGCCACGGCGCGCAGUCGCGCCCGCAUCGGAACAACACUUGAACAGCAGACGACACACACCUGCGCGCGGCCCGAGAAGUCGCUCGACGUCACGAGCCUGGCUGGCCGCCGCGGUCGGCCUUUUGGGGGACCGCGCCGAUCAUGCGGCCAGAGCUCGGGCCCCGGAGGCGCCCAUGAGCCCUCGCGUGCCCCGCGCUCGCCUCUCGCGAACGGCGCCGACGUCGGGAAAUUUUAUGCCCGCGCGCACAGGAGCUUCCGGAGGUAUCUCGUGUGUGAUCUGUGUCUUCGGAAGCCGUGUUCGGGGCACUCUGCCGCCGGCCCGCGCAGCUGCACUCGCGGCGGCGUGCGCCCGUGCUGUACAUAUAAGGCGAGCUCGUUCGCCGCCCGGCCUGCACGUUCGCCGAGGCGGCGCGUGGUUCGAGUCGGCCGGCCGUGGAAGAGCAGAGGCACACGUGCACAUGGCACACAGCCGCGUGCUGCGUCAGGGAGGCCAGGCAGGGGGUUUGAUGAGGGCGGCGGUACUCUCCCUGGGCG